GGGACUGCUCACUCACGUAGACCGUCAACCACCAAGAGGUUUCCAACGGUUAACACAGUCGCCAACUGCUUCCAAGCCCAUUAGUUUUUACCUCCUAUGCCGCACUGCAAUGGCUACUCUCGACUCCCUGAAGUUAGCACUCAGAAUGGAAGCAACGACACCUUCCGCCAAGCAGGCGUUGUCGGACACACAGUACAACGCUGGCUUCAACACGUUGGUGCAGGGCUCAGGAUGGAGAACAUACCAAGACUUCAUUAUUCCACAGCUAUCCAAGCUGCUGACACUUUUCUUUGACUCACCCACCAAUAUUUCGGUGCUAGAAAUUGGACCUGGACAGGAGAGCGUACUGGGACAUUUGCCAGGUCCUCUGAGACGGAAGAUUAGCAGAUACGUCGCUUUUGAGCCCAACCUGUUAUUUGCUGCAAGGUUGGAGGAGUCAUUAUGCUUGCACCCAGAAGCUGAUUCCCCUCUGCCUUGCUUGGAAAGCCCGGCCGAUAUCCACCGAGCCCCUUUUGUUGGGGACAUCAAGGCAGCAAACGGGACUAACACCAACACAAGUGAUGGCGGCGACAACUUUGAUGUCAUCUUAUUCUGCCACAGCAUGUACGGCAUGAAGCCUAAACGAAAUUUCAUAGAGCAGGCACUGGAAAAGCUUGUCAAGCUGCCAAAACCUGGAAUCGUGGUAGUUUUUCAUCGCGACGGGAGUUUGCACCUCGACGGACUGACAUGCCAUCAAACAUCCUCCUUCCCUACUGGGAUGAUUAGCGUGCCAGAUGACGACGAAAUUCUGGACUCGUUUGCAUCGUUCAUUGCAGGAUUUGUCCCGAAGGAUGCAUAUGUGUACAAGGCUCUCAAAGUUGAGUGGCGUAAGAUUUGCCGCGCCUUGGGCUGUCAUGUGAAAGCCCACCCAGAUCGUCUUUUAUUCAGCUCGCCCGAACUCGUGGCUGUUUUUACCCAACAUGCGACCGCAUUGUCACGACUGACAGCACAAGUGCCAUUGGUGAAAGGCGAUAGGAUGGUCAAAAGUCGAGAGGCUCGCCUCCACCAUCCCGCCUCGACGGUCAGACCGACAAAGGUCCAUCACAUUCAACAGUGUGUUUUAUGGGCCCUGGAGCAUAGAGUUAGUCUGACAAUUAUCGGUGGGGGUCACAGCGGCCAUUGCCUCUGGCCCAACGUCGUCUCAGUAGAUAUGAGCGCCUUCGGUCAAGUAUACGUGUCCCCGGCUGUUGAGGAUGGAGGAGAAUCUGGUUCUUGCCCUGAUAGUGGUAUGUUGGUUGUCGCUGAAGCCGGCUGCAAGACGGAAGAUAUCGUCCGUAAGACCAUGGCGGCGGGCGUGACAGUGCCCCUGGGGGCGCGUCCAAGCGUGGGUGCAGGGCUAUGGCUACAAGGCGGCAUUGGACAUCUGGCGCGGCUCCAUGGGCUUGCGUGCGACAGCAUCAUAGGUGCCGUGAUUGUCAGCGUUGAAACGGGCCAGGUUCUCUAUUUCGGAUGCGUCCCAGCCCGGCAUCGACCGGCUGGUGCAGUGCGCCCCGACAAUGAAGCCGAUCUGUUAUGGGCAAUAAGAGGCGCUGGGACAAACUUUGGCAUCGUGAUUAGCGUGACUUUCAAGGCCUAUUCAGCUCUGAACUUUUCAGUUCGCAACUGGGUUCUCCCGCUGAUGAAUGAAUCCGAGGUGCGGCACAGGCUGAAAGAUUUUGAUCAACUCAUCGCCAAAGAGUUGCCCCGGAACUGUUCUGCAGACGCAUAUCUUUAUUGGGACGCCAACCAGGUACAUCUUGGCGUUACCAUGUUCGAAUCCUCUACAAGCAGACGCGCCUCUGAGACACCCAUGGCUGUGGUCGAAAUACUUGGGGCCGAAGACAAUCAUAACGUCGUGGAUAGUGUUGGUUUGUUCGACACUGAAAUGUACAUAUCUGGGAUGCACGGCGGGCACGGUGGCGGUAAAACCUCUUCGUUCAAGCGAUGUUUAUUCUUGAAAAGCAUCGGGGAGAAGAACGUCGCCGACAGAUUAGUGGCGGCUAUUGAGACUCGACCUUCACCAUUCUGCUACCUGCAUCUGCUGCAAGGCGGCGGAGCGAUCACCGACAUGGCUGCCGACACCACUGCAUUCGGCUGUCGGGACUGGGACUUUGCCUGUGUCGUCACUGGUGUGUGGCCCCGAGAUCAAGAUGAAACCGAAGCCGCUCGAGCUGCUGUGCAGUGGGUGUACAAUGUCGCAAAGAACUUGUUGCCCGUGAGUACCGGAGCUUAUAGUGCUGACCUCGGGCCACACCCCAGGGAUGCCGCAUUAGCAGCUCAAGCUUUCGGGCCAAAUAGGCCUCGGCUGGCCCGUCUCAAGCAUACUUUAGACCCAUACAAUGUGCUAGCUUACGCCUGCCCGCUUCCAAGACCACCGAUGAAACAGAAGCUCAUCAUUCUCGUCACCGGCGAAAGCGGCGUCGGCAAGGACUAUUGCGCCAGCAUCUGGGUUACAAUAUUCAACACGUGCUCCCGAGCAAAUAAGGAGCAACACCGGCCAACGCUGACAGCAUUUUUCCAAGACCAGGUGCACCAACGGCCCAAGCUGCCAGAGGAACACUUCCUAAAAUUAGUACACGAAAACGUGGAUGUGGACGUGUUGUUUAUAACUGGAAUGAGAGACGACGCGCCGGUCGCAACCUUGUCGCAUUUGGUACCAGAGAGCCGGCUGCUCGACGUUCGUGUUGAAGUUAGUGGAAGAGCACAUUGGGUCCGCUGGGGAUACAAUGACGGCGAUGACCCUGGCGACAAGAGCAAAAACAGUAACAUCAAUGCUGAUGGACCAAAUCCGUGUAUCUCGCACUACCGACCGAGUCUCAUCUUCGAUAAUAACACAACUGGAAAGGAGGCGGUAGAACAUUUCGCCGAACAUUGCCUGCUGCCCUUUUCCCACGAGGAUUUGCAGCGACUGGCUGAUAUGGUACGUCCGAUACCCGAUUUUCCACGCCCAGGUAUCGAGUUUCGCCACGUGCUCGAUAUCUGCCAGCAGGUGGGGGGUCUGGCGCUAUGCACAUCUCUGCUCCAAACUCACUUUAGCGGUGACUGGACCAAAGUUCAGGCCAUAGCCUGUUGCGAGGCCGGCGGCUUUAUCUAUGCAUCGGCGUUGGCCCUACGGGUCGAUGUACCCUUGAUGCUAGGCCGCGAAGCUGGAAAGCUCCCUCGUCCUACCGUGUCCGUCGCAAAGUCCCCGUCGCAUAUUUCGUCGUCGGCAUCCCCCGAUUCGAAAGAGAAGAGGGUUGAAAUGAAUCGGAACGUGAUUCCCAGAGGCGGGCCGGUGGUGAUAGUGGAUGAUGUGCUUGCCACAGGAAAGACGCUUUGUGCGGUGCUGCAGCUAUUAGUUGAAGCCGGUGUUCGUGCCCGGGAUAUGAGCAUCAUGGUCGUAGCUGAGUUCCCUGUUCACCGUGGCCGGGAGUUGUUGCGCCGGCGGGGCUUCGGCGAGGUCGAUCUGCAAAGUCUUUUGGUUUUCGAUGGCGCUUAGGAGACGGAGAUUAUUCUGGAAUCUUAUUUUCCAAAUUGAGGUGAUGCCAAAGUUUAUGAGUUAUGGAUGACUUGGAUGACUUGAUGGUUUUAUCUGUCGUUUGUCCCGGCGAAUAUGCACCGAUUGUCCCCCC